AUGCACACAAUGUGUUCAUGUGUAAACAUUCAAAUCACAGAAAUCAUUUGGACAAUCGAAAAACAAAAAAUGAACUCUGACAUGAGAUCAAGCUUGAGAUCAACAUUAGUGGCGAACACGUGUGAAGCAAAUUCUAUACUGGGAAGGGGACUAAUCCUCAAAUAUUUUUCCAAAAUUAUAAAGUGAAACCUUAAUUGUUCGUUUUCCAUUCAGUUUACUGAAUCACCAAAUGUUGUGAAAACAUUUUUUCAAUUUGUUUUCUACCUUUUAAGAAAACUACAAAAAUGUGAUAUUAUGGGACUUUUUAGAAAUAAAAACGUGUUCCAAAUUCGACUAAAAAAUUAGCAAUUUAAGACGAUUGAAUCAUUCAUAAUUUAUUUUAACUAUUCAGAAUCGUUUGUAUUUAAUAGUAGCAGAUUAAAAAGAGUGAGUUUGACAAAAUAUUACUGUAUCAGAUAAGUUAAUGUUUUUUGUUCAGUGGGCGAUCAGUACAUGAAUAUCGCAGAUGCUGGAGGAGGCGCUGCUGCUCCACCUCCCCCACCACCACAAAAACAAUUCCCUGCGUUUCCAAAUGCCGGAGCAGCUGGUGCAACUGGUGCACCCCCACUUCCUCCGCCGCCUCCUCCAAUUGCACCAGGUGGUGGUGCUUUACGUGAGAAUGAUGACAUUGAACUCGAGUCAGAUAUGAAGAAGCCAGUGCCACCAAGUGGAUCAAAAUCAAAAGGUGGAAAAACUGAGAAAGGAAAAGAUAAGAAGAAGAAAAAGAAGGGUGGAAAAGCAUCAUCUGAAGAUAGUAAUCGACCUCCAAAGGCGAUUAUUGUGAGUUGGAAUAAAUUCGUGGAAAAUGUUUGAUUGAUGUGUUUUUCAGCCAAGAAUCGUUCUUUUUGUUUUCUUCGUUUUGUAUUUGGCAGCAGUUGGUGGAUGGCUAUUCGUUUUGCUUUGUGGAUUGGGAUCAAUCGGUACUUUGGAUGAUGCAUUUUUGUCAAUGGGCUCAUAA